AUCCGCAAAGCUUCGAUAAAGAAGAGAACGUUCCAGCGCAACAUACAUCGUCUUAAUUCCAAAGAAAAAAUGGCAGGCAAUUUCAAAGUUGCAUUGCUUUUCGUGACUUUGAUGUUCGUCGCUAUGGCAAUGGCGAAAAAAGUCAAAUUAUAUUAUGGCCAUGGUGGUUAUGGAGGAUAUGGUGGGUAUGGCGGAUAUGGACAUGGAUAUGGCGGAUAUGGACAUGGAUAUGGAGGAUAUGGACAUGGAUAUGGAGGAUAUGGACAUGGAUAUGGACAUGGAUAUGGAGGAUAUGGAGGAUACGGACCCAGUUACUACGGCGGAUAUGGUUACUGAACUCUCUACAAUGAAACGGUGUAACCUUUUGUUUUGACAUUGGCUUUCCUGUAAACUCAUGUAUCCAAUUCACUUAAUUUUCAAAAAUAAACACAAUUUCUAAAAA